AUGAUCUAUGAGGACCCUCAAAUGGAAGCAAACCCUACAACUGUUACCGCUGAUGGUGAUGCUAGGUCGUGCGAGUUUCCAAAAGUGAAAUUUGAAGUUACUGAUUCUUCAAUUGGAAAAACACUAGAACCAGCUAGUCCAAUGUUUCUGAUCAAUCCUUCAACUGCAAAUGCUGGAGAGCAUAGUGGGGAAGCAUCUGAGAAUAUUUUUAUGACUGAUUGUGAGGAUAAUGAAGGCUCCCUUGAGGAUCAAACUGCCUUUUUAGGAAAACUGGGAACGUUUUACCGGGAGAAGGCGAUGGAAUUUAAACCACCUAGGUUUUAUGGUCAUCAACUUAACUGCUUAAAGUUAUGGAGAUUUGUGAUCAGAUUAGGUGGCUAUGAUCGGGUAACUGGAUACAAGUUGUGGCAGCAAGUGGGAGAUUCAUUUAGUCCCCCCAAGACAUGCACUACUGUUUCUUCGACAUUCCACAACUUCUAUCAGAAGAUACUUCUCCAAUACGAAAGGCAUAGGACACAAAACGGAGAGCUUCAACUUCCUAUUGCUCCUCCUCCUGGUUUUUUAGGUAUUGAUAAUGAGUUCAGUGCUCCCGCUGGUCGCAUUGUUGUCAAAGACCUCAAUCUCCCAGUCUCAGCCCCUGGUGAAAUAUCUGAAGGGUUGUCAGAUUGGACCAUCAUAUUUAAAGGAAGGCCAGUAAGAGAUUCAGCUGCUCGUUGUAGGCUAGGCUGGCAGGAGCAACACCUUCUUGGUAAUGGUGAGGUUGCUGAGCCAAUCGUAAAGGACAUGAGUGCCAAUAAUACGCCAAAGCGUGCAAAGAACCUCAAAAAUACUGAUAAGAUUAUAAAUUGCUUUCCAUCCGCCAGGUUGGAUGUCCAAGUUGUUGAUGUUGGACCCCCUGCUGAUUGGGUGAAAAUCAAUGUUCGUGAAACAAAUGAUUCCUUUAAGGUCUAUGCACUGGUGCCUGGGCUUUUACGAGAUGAGGUACGGGUUCAAUAUGAUCUAGCUAGUCGCCUGGUCAUUACCGGUCAGCCAAACCAACUUGACAAUCUUUGGGGUGUUACUGGCUUCAAGAAGGUGGUCAACUUACCUGCUAGAAUUGAUCAACUUCAGACCAACGCUGUUGUCAGCCUUCAUGGGUGUCUUCAUGUUCAUGUGCCCUUUGCGCAGCAAAAUCUGAGUUGA